AUGAUCAAACAAUUUGUUUGUCAAUUAUUCUCUGGUGAAUGUCACCUAACAUCACUACGACUUGACAUUAGCAACGAAUUUCGCUGGGGUCCUAUCCAUCAAUGUUUAUCGUCAAAAUUGGAUGAUUGCAGAAAUUUUCUAACACAUUCGUGUAAUACAACUCUUCAACGGUUACAUAUUCGACUUAAUCAUUCAUGUUUUCUUGAAAGUCUCAUUGAAUAUGUACCUAAUCUAGAGCAAUUAUCGGUAACAGUUUAUGGGUCAUUAACAUUCAAGAACUUGUGGGAACCGAACAUUGAAACACUGAGCCAAUCAACGAAAAGUUGGUUCAAUAAAGUACCAAAACUACAAUGUUUUAGUCUGGAAUAUCUUAUCAAUCGUGAGCGAGAACUUAUUUAUUUGAAAUGGCUUCUCAAUAAUUUAAAUUAUGUAAAAAAGCUUCAAGUUAAUAUUCAAAUUGGAAUAUUAAUCGAUUCAAAAAGUCAAAAUAUAUGGAAAUGUUUAGUUGAUGCAAAUUUUGUUCGUCAGUAUUGUUUACCUGAUAUAAUACCGAACUUAACUGAUUUCAACUUUUAUAUUUGUUCACAAUGUCAAUUAUCAGACACUGAUACGUGGAAAAUAAUUAAUUCAUUUAAUAUUCAUUCUUUUUUUAUUGAACGUCAAUGGACGAAUGUGAAAUGUUUAUUUGAUUCAUUACAGUCAUAUCAACAUCUUUUCUUUCCUUCUAGCAAUAUGUUUCAAUCUUCUGAUAAGGAAAUUGAUCGUUUAUAUAUUUCUAAACAGCUACAUUUGUACGAUACAUCAUUUUAUUCAUAUUCAUCAUUGCAUUUAUUUUUGGAAAAAUUGAGUCAAUUAUCUCGACAUAUUUCAGACAUUAAUGUAUAUAAAGUACACGAGAAUGAUAUGGAUAAAUUUGAUCUUAUGAUGUCAUUGGAACUUUUAUCCAAAAUGAGACAAAACAUGAAACUCAAUAAUCCUUUCCGAAAUGUUACGAAAAUUCAAUUUGGAAUGUAUUUUGAUUGCAAAAAUAGCGCUUCGGUAGAGAGAACAGAUGGAAAUGAAGUACGUGGAAAAGUACUUGCUCAUCUCAUUUCAAUGACUAUACAACUCAAAUAUCUUCUAGUUGAAAGAUUUGAAUGGCUUUUACAUGUUAUUCAACACGCACCUAAUGAAUUAAGAACAAACGCGUUAAUUACUGUACAAUAUGCUGAAUUUUGUCUUCCUAGUUGUCAUAAUGGUCAUGAAACAAUUCAUAUUGGAAAAAGUCUUGUACCUUUUCUUAGCACAUAUAUGCCUCAUUUACAAGCUUUACGUCUUUGGCGACCAGAUGAUUUUGUUUGGACAACUACUCGACCAGAUUACGUAAAGUACGGUGAUGUUUUUUUAAUGGUAAAAUGGUUAAAGUCUCUACAAACAUGUGAAUCAAUCGCUCAACAUGUGCUUGUGUUUGAACAAGAUCUAUGUCAAUUAAUGGAUAAAUUAAAAGAUCUUACUUUCCUUGAUAUUUAUGGUGAAAUUCAUAACAAAAAAGUUGAACCAUAUCGUUUAAUGGCCCAAACUUGUUUUCCACGUAGUCGAGUAUAUGUAGAAAUGUCAAGAUUUCGUAUAUGGUUUUAA